CUAGCAUCACAUCAGUAGGCGCGCGACCAUCGCAACGAACGCUCGUCACAUCGCACAAAGCGUUCACGCAAACAAAAUAUUAUCGUAUAUUGAUCCGCUCCCGCGGCGCAGCGAUCAGCGUGACAGUGUUGCAGUGCAAGGCCGGCGCAACGGAGGCGGUGCAAGGCAUGCUGAUGGCGGGCGCUCUGCCGGCCGAGCCCGAGGGGCUGCUGGCGUUAGGCGCGCUGCCCGGACAAAAGGACACCACAUGGACGAAGCUGUUCGUCGGCGGUCUGCCCUACCACACCACCGACAAGAGUCUGCGGGAACAUUUCGCGGUGUACGGGGACAUCGAGGAGGCGGUCGUCAUCACAGACAGGCAGACGAGUAAAAGCAGAGGAUAUGGAUUCGUAAUAAUGGGUGACCGUGCAGCGGCGGAGAGGGCCUGCAAAGAUCCAAACCCCAUCAUAGACGGGAGGAAAGCCAACGUCAAUCUCGCGAUAUUAGGCGCAAAACCUAGAGGGAAUUUAGCACCAGGCUUUGGGCUGGCAGCGGCCGCUGCGGCAGGCGUGCGCGCCGGCUACCCCACCGUGCUACAGUCGCCGUAUGGGUUGUCCCCGGGGUACGUGUACGGCACGCCGGGGUAUGCGGUGAGCGGGGUGGGUGGCGGCGUGGGUGCGAGCGCAGGCGGGCUGGUGCAACUGCCGCCGUUGCAGCACGCCGCUGCCGUGGCUGCCGCAAACCACCUGUACGAGUACCAGGCGGCUGCGGCUCAGGGCGCUGCAGCUUACCAGCAGCAGUACGCAGCUGCUGGCUUCGAUCCGUACGCAACAGCUGCAGCUGCGGCAGCGGCUGCGAGCGGCGCGGGCUACAUGUCUCCGUACUACGCGCUGCCGGGCGGCGGCGUGCAGGCGCCCCUCCUGCCACCUCUACCCUACCCGCCGCAGCUGCAGGAGGCGCGGAUGCAAUGAGACCGCGUUCAACAGACUCCGUGGCUACACUACUACUCAACUAAUACGAUGCCUUAGUUUAACUUCAGCCUCUGCGCAUUAAGUGGGCAAAAAGCGUAGACAGUCGCACAUAAUGAGCGCAAUCUAGCGGCUGUCCGCUUGCAUUAUUCAAUCUGUCAUUUGCGACAAGUGACACGCUGCUUACCUCGACUUGAUGUGUAGUAUUCGUCCAAGUAGCCGCAAUCUGUUGAUAAAUUGUGAUGAAACUAAAAAAAACUUCUAAGAUUCAAGUAUGACAUUUCCAAAGGUGAAUUGAAAUUGUGAAAUGGAAUUGAAAAUGUUACCGCUACACAACCAAAUAUUAUGUAAACGUUUAACACUAACGUAUCGCGUUUAAACCAAAAAGAAGUAUAAAUGACCAAAGCUAUGAGCUUAUACCAAAACAUUGAAGACAUCUCGAUACAUAAUUCUUUAAGGUACGGAUAAAGGUGAUGGGUCGAACUCUAGUAGACAUACUUAAUAUAGGAAAUAUGUACGUUAAAUUGAGGUUAUUCUAGAUAAUAAUUAGCUAUGUUAAACAAAGCUCUUGCCACGCCUUCCUGUAAUCACAUAUAGUUUUACUAACAUAUUAAAUAUAUCUGUACAUAUUACCCAUUAUUUUCAAAAUAAUAGAAGAGAUUAAAAUAAAGAAAGCUGUUAAAUGACAAUAAAAACUUGAAGAACUGUCUUUUCACCUUAAAUAUUCUUUAAAUCCUUUUAUUCAAGUCCAAAAACUUAAUUUAUUUUAUUAUACUUGAAAUGAAUGCUUCAUUACUCAAGUUACAUGUUUACUAUUUUUUUAUUAUUUAUUUUUAAGUUUUUGUUUUGUCCGAUGAUUUUAUAUCAAAUUGUCUUGAUUUUUAUCUCUGAUAUCUUCUUUUUUUUCAUCUGUGCUUUUUACGAUAUAUGACGAAAAAUAUUUUUAUACUUAAAAACAUGUAAGUAGAAGUAUUCUUGUAUUUCAUAUCUAUUUAAUUUGUACAGUAAUUCUGGACGAAUUAAAUACUAAAGUUUGUCAAAUCACAGCUUACUUUGAUAAGUCGCAAUUUAUAACCUAAAAGAAAUUUAGAUUUCAGAAAAAUUUAUAUGCAGUCGCUAUGAGAAUUUUUAAAAUAUAACGUAGUAUGUAAUAUCAUAAAGAUAGAUAUAAAAAAGAUGUCAUUAUUUUCUUAGCGAUUGAAUUCACGUCCGUCGACUAAGACUGAUGUCAUAGUUAUAGAUGGAUGAAGAGGUUAUGCGAUGUGUAUGUAAUGUAGCUUAUCUAAGUCGGUAAUUACAUGUCCAUAUUGCUCAAUGUGUCCAGGAAGGACGGUUUAGCGUAAGGAGAGCAAUAAAGGGCUUAUUUAAUAUUAUAAUUAAUAUAUGUACUUCUAUCGCUGUAAACUUAGUUCGUAAUAAACGCCCUUCUAACAUUAUGUUCUCCAAAGCGGUAUAGGGUACUUACUAGGUAGUUUAAUUCAAUUACUAGUCCAUGUAAUUUUAAUGAUAAAUAAAUUAGACUUCCGCCGGCCGUUCCUAAUUAACUAACAUAACGAACGCCUCAUUUCGAUGGUUUCUGCUUUUUAAAGAAAUAUAUAACUUCGUAAGAAUACGAGCAAUGAAGGUUGUAAAUGCUAAGGCUAUUACCAGAUCAGAGCGUGGAGUGGCCGGCAUGUAGUACAAGUUAAGGGCAUUAGACCUAUAGGGAUUACUGAACCUAAGGUCUUAAGGUUAGUAUUAAUGUAAUUUGCUGUUAUUCGUAAUUUAUUUUGUUGAUAUUUGUAAAGCGUCAUGUUGAUAACUAUUUAUUGUGGAAGAGUAAUAAAAAAUUGUUAAAUAUUUAACGACCGAAUCAAAUCUCCCUUAGGGCUCUCGUAGACUACCGACUUUUUACCGGCUGAUAGGUUAGUCGGACUUUUAAUCAGUAUGACCAUGUAAUGAUGUACGCACAUUACUCCGAUUUUGUUUUACAUGAUUUUGGCUUGCCGUCUCGAUUAAAUUGUCUGUCGAUUAAAAGUGUGUAGUGUGUGGGGACCGUCUUAUCACCAUCUAAGUCUUAAGUAGUGAUUCGGUCCAAUAUUAUAUUGAAAUAUACACAGUAAACUUUAUAAUUGUAAGUAGGUUUUAAUGUUUAAUGCAUACCAAAUGGAACAUUAAAUAGUUUUAGCCAUAGUUGUGGCCAUCUUGCCUUACAUAUACUACUUAUUGUAUAGUUUAUAUAAAAGACUAUAUAAUACAUUACUACACAUAUCAUCGAACCGGGUGUACGAUUUCAGUGUCAGUGUGCACUGUUCAGUCCAUUUUAUAGUGCAUUUCAUUCACAGUAAGCACAAUUAUUUAUGUAUUACGUACUCGAUAAAUGGAAGUUCAUAAUAAAAUACUUAAUAAUUGUUAUGAGUAAAUUAAAAUUAUACUGUAAUUGUACUUAAUUUAGGUUUAACUAAAAUGGAAAAUAAUUUUGU